AUGAGAAUAAAGUCUGAGAAUCAGAGUGUUGGUCCAUUUUCUAGCAAAUCGGCAGGAGCAGAAAACAAGAAUGCAUUUGAGGAAGGUUGUCCAAGGACCAAAAAAGGCUUUAAGAAGUUUUGCAAGAGAUUCAAUCUAGAGGCAUUCCAGAUUCUGGAUCCUAAUGCGGGAGUGGCCUUUGAUGCCUUUAUUAGGGGAUUAAGGCCAGGAAGUUUCAAGUUUGAUCUAGUAAAGAAAAAUAUCACCACUCUAGCUGAAGCCCUUCGGGAAGCUAAACCGUUUAUCAACGCAACAAAAGUAUGUGCAGAGGUAAAGCACCCAGAAGCAAAAAAGGCUGAAGAGUCAGUUCAGCCAAAGAAGAAUAAUCCCAAGAAAGCUGAAACUUGGGAAUUGACUUCUAUGACGACCUCGUCAAGGAGAAGUAAAAGAAGUGAACCGGCAACGUCGAUGGAACCUAUAGGAUUCAGUAAAGAUCAAUACUCCAUUCUUAUGGAGAUAAAAGAUCAACAUGAAUUAAAGGCGCCAGUUGGAAUGAAAGCUCCUUAUAGGAAUAGGGACAAGAGCAAAUAUUGCCACUUUCAUAGAGAUUGUGGCCAUGAAACAAAUGAAUGCAAACAUUUGAAGAGAGCUCUGCAAGAUUUGGCUCAAAAAGGGAAGAUGAAUUCAUACCUGCCCCAAUGGGGAAGAAAGUUUCAGAAAAGAGAUGAUUGUCAAAGCAAGAGAAAAGAAAGUGAUAGUACUGACGAAGAUGUAGUACUUGCGUAUCUGGAGGUUUUGCAGCUGGAGGUAGUCGUCAAUGAGCUGGAUCGUGGGAAAUUGAGAACCCCUCAUGACGAACCCUUGGUCGUUGAGAUGAAAAUUGCCAAUUUGAGAGUAAGAAGAAUUUUGAUUGACACUGGAAGCUCGACGGAUAUCAGAAGUGCGGACUGUUUGUUAAGGCUGAAGUUCAAUGACGGCGAUUUAGUCCCACCCACCUUGAACCACAUCAAAGCAGUGAUUGUUACUCAUCUGAUACUAAUGAAAUUCGAGUGUGAUGGGGGAAGAAUUGGAUCUCUAUAUGGGGAUCAACAAGCAGCUAGAGAAUGCGACCUCACCACUCUGAAGCCUUCAUCAUGGAGGGGAGAAAAAUUAGAGCAGCCAAAGGCAACUGAUAAUGAGGCGGUCGAGAUUGUGAAAGGACAGAUAGACGCUCUGAGAACUGUGGUAGAAAGAUCUGAGGCGAAGGUCCCCCCAAUGAGCAAACUGUUCAGCCUCUUGCCGAGCAAGAAGCGGAAGUUCAUGGCCAUCAAGGAAGAAGAAGCUUCGUCAUAA